GCGGCACGGAGGGCGGCGCGCGCCGCCGCCGCGAGCGCCGCGGGCUGCGCCGCGGGCGCCGGGCGCCGUGCCGACGGCGUGGUGCGCGCGGCGCACGAGGCGACACUGGUUGGCGGCAGGCGCAGCAGCUUGGAGGCGUCGUGCACCAUGCUGAAGGAGAGGCUGCCGGCCACGCGGUGGAGAAGGCUUCCGAGCGAGUCGCCUUCGCUGCGGGCUUCCUGUGCUGUGCGUCCGAGGUGGCCGCCGAGCGCAUCUGGGCCGCGCGGCUUCCGCUCGCCCGCGCAGUGGCCGGGCAGGGCGCCACCGUGAGCGCAGCAGUGCCGCGGAUCUGAGGCGGUCGGACUCGUUCCGCCGAUCCCCAGGGGAGGCGUUGACCGUUGAGUGUGGCACGUGUUCGCCAAUUCGUGCCGAGGCCUGUGGCACGCCCCAAAGUGCCGGGGGGGGCACGGCGGCGGAGUUGAGCGCCGUGGUGCCUGCAGAGCGGGCAGCACCUGCCUCGUGUCGGUCUACGGGCUCCCUGACCGCAGCGCGGGCCACGCAGUCUUGGCACGUCACGCGGGCGCCUCUGCUCGACGUGUAGACUGUGAGGCAGGGUUGCGGUUGCGGAGAUCUGCAAUGAGCCGUGCUCGGUUGGCUGCCGCGCAGGUGGCUCACGGGCCCUUCUUGCGCCGAGAGCUGUCAUGCGCAGCGUGAGCUGUCUUACACUCGUGCCCGUUGUCUGACGCGAGUGCGAAC